AUGGCUCCUCGCGGGAGAGGCGGGCGCGGGCCCCGGGGCCAGCGAGCGGCCGGGCGGCAGCGGCUCCCCGCGGGCGUCGCGCUGCUCCUGCCCGUGCUGGCGGCGGCGGCCGGGCUGAGCCUGCAGCCGGGCAGGAUGCGGCACCUGGGCGUCUGCCCCAACCAGCUGAACCCCAACCUGUGGGUGGACGCCCAGAGCACCUGCGAGCGGGAGUGCCGAACCGACCAGGACUGCGAAGACUUUGAGAAAUGCUGCACCAACGUGUGUGGGCUGCGGAGCUGCGUGGCCGCGCGCUUUGCCGACGGCAGCGUUCCUGCGCUGGCGCUGGCGCCCGCCGCCUCCUGCGAGAGCUUCGUGUGCGCGCAGCAGGGCUCCGACUGCGACAUCUGGGACGGGCAGCCCGUCUGCAAGUGCAAGGACCGCUGCGAGAAGGAGCCCAACUUCACUUGCGCCUCCGACGGCCUCACCUACUACAACAAGUGCUACAUGGACGCCGAGGCGUGUCUGCGCGGCACCCGCCUCACCACCGUGCCCUGCAAGCACAUCUUCACCUGGCCCGACACCAGCCCCGUGCCUCAGGAGACCACGGCGCGACCCACGCCGGGAGCCGGCCCCGAGGUGCCGGUGCCCCCCGCCCUCUACACCAACCCCUUCCACCAGUCCGUGCGCGCCGGCGGCACCGUCAGCUUCCGCUGCGACGUGAGCGGGCGCCCGCAGCCCGACAUCACCUGGGAGAAGCAGAGCGAGCGGGAGGAGAACUUCAUCAUGCGGCCGGACCAGAUGUACGGCAACGUGGUGGUCACCAACAUCGGCCAGCUGGUCAUCUACAACGCCCGCCACGAGGACGCCGGCAUCUACACCUGCACGGCCCGGAACGCCGCCGGGCUGCUCCGCGCCGACUUCCCGCUGUCGGUGGUCAGGCGGGAGCCGGGGGGGGCCCCGCGGACCGGCAGCCCCCAGCCCUUCCCCAGCGCAGAGUGCUUGAAGGAGCCGGACCGGCGGCGGUGCGAGGCCGCGGAGGUGCGCUGGCACUUCGACGCCAAGCAGGGCUCCUGCCUCACCUUCCGCUACGGCGGCUGCGGGGCCAACAGGAACCACUUCGAGACGUACGAGGAGUGCCAAGCCGCCUGCCUGGGCGGCGCCCGCCCCACCUGCCUCCUGCCCAUGGUGCAGGGGCCCUGCCAGAACUGGGAGCCGCGCUGGGCGUACAACCACCUGCUGAAGCAGUGCCACUCCUUCGUGUACGGCGGCUGCGAGGGCAACACCAACAACUUCGAGAGCAAGGAGACCUGCGAGGACGUGUGCCCCUUCCCCAAGAGCCUGCAGUGCAAGGCCUGCCGCCUGAAGAGCAAGAUGGUGCUGAGCCUCUGCCGCAGCGACUUCGCCAUCGUGGGGCGGCUCAUGGAGAUCGUGGAGGACCAGGACUCCGGCAUAGCCCGCUUCGCCCUCGAGGACGUCCUCAAGGAUGAGAAGAUGGGCCUCAAGUUCUUCAACAUCAAGUACCUGGAGGUGACCUUGACCGACAUGGAUUGGAGCUGCCCCUGUCCCAACAUGACGGCGGAGGACGGGCCCCUGAUCAUCAUGGGCGAGGUGCACGACGGAAUGGCCACGCUGGACCCCAGCAGCUACGUCCGGGCGGCCAACGACAAACGGGUGAAGAAGAUCUACGAGCUGAUGGAGAAGAAAACCUGCGACCUCCUGAACCGCUUCCAGGACUAG